AUGUAUAGAUUGGCCUGUCGUCCACAGCUAAAGAAAUCUGCUAUUUCUCUAGCUCGUACUAUCGCUCACAAAGAAAUCAAGUUCGGUGUUGAAGGCCGGGCCGCACUUUUGAAAGGUGUUGAGACAUUGGCUGAUGCUGUCUCAGUUACACUUGGACCAAAGGGUCGUAAUGUUCUAAUUGAGCAACCUUUUGGUGGCCCUAAGAUCACUAAGGAUGGUGUUACCGUUGCCAAGGCUAUCACCCUAGAGGACAAGUUCGAAAACUUGGGUGCCAAGCUGUUGCAGGAUGUCGCCUCCAAGACCAAUGAGUCUGCCGGUGAUGGUACUACUUCGGCUACCGUUCUGGGGCGUACCAUCUUCACUGAGUCCGUCAAGAAUGUGGCUGCUGGUUGUAAUCCAAUGGACCUUAGACGUGGUUCUCAGGCUGCUGUUGAGGCUGUAGUUGACUUCUUGCAAAAGAACAAGAAGGAGAUCACAACCUCUGAAGAAAUUGCCCAGGUGGCAACUAUCUCUGCCAACGGAGAUUCUCACAUUGGUGAAUUAUUGGCCUCUGCCAUGGAGAAGGUCGGUAAGGAGGGUGUUAUCACCGUUAAAGAGGGUAAGACUUUGGAGGACGAGCUGGAAGUCACUGAAGGUAUGCGUUUCGAUCGUGGUUACAUCUCUCCAUACUUUAUUACUGAUGCAAAGUCAGGAAAGGUUGAGUUUGAGAACCCAUUGAUCUUGUUGAGUGAGAAGAAGAUCUCUUCUUUGCAGGAUGUCCUCCCUUCAUUGGAACUAUCCUCUAAGUCUCGCCGUCCUUUACUGAUCGUUGCGGAAGACAUUGACGGUGAGGCCCUUGCAGCCUGUAUUUUGAACAAGCUUCGUGGUCAAGUCCAAGUCUGUGCUGUUAAGGCUCCUGGUUUCGGAGACAACAGAAAGAACAUUCUAGGUGAUGUUGCCAUUCUCACCGGUGGAUCUGUUUUCACUGAAGAGCUGGACUUGAAGCCAGAAAAUGCCAGCAUCGAACUAUUGGGUACUGCUGGAUCUAUCACCAUCACCAAGGAAGACACUGUUGUACUCAACGGUGAGGGUUCAACUGAUGCUAUCCAGCAGAGAUGUGAACAAAUUCGUGGUGCUGUCGAAGACCCAAGCACCGGUGAAUACGAAAGAGAGAAGCUGCUUGAACGUCUUGCUAAACUUUCUGGAGGUGUUGCCGUUAUCCGUGUUGGUGGAGCUUCCGAGGUUGAGGUUGGUGAGAAGAAGGACCGCUACGACGAUGCUUUGAACGCUACUCGUGCUGCUGUUGAGGAAGGUAUCUUGCCAGGUGGUGGAACUGCUCUUCUGAAGGCUUCCCGUAUCCUGGACAGUGUCAAGGGUUCUAACUUUGACCAACAACUAGGAGUCGAAAUCAUCAAGAAGGCUAUCCGUGGCCCAGCUAAGCGUAUUGUUGAGAAUGCUGGUGAAGAAGGUGCUGUGGUCGUCGGCAAGAUCCUGGAUGACUUUGGAGAAGAUUUCAACAAGGGUUACGACUCUUCCAAGGGAGAAUACGUGAACAUGUUGGAUGCUGGUAUUAUUGAUCCUUUCAAGGUGGUUCGCAACGGUCUGGUUGACGCCUCCAGUGUCGCUUCACUCUUGGCCACCACCGAAUGUGCUAUCGUUGAUGCCCCAGAACCUAAGGGACCACCAGCCGGCGGUCCUCCAGCUGGCGGCAUGGGCGGUAUGCCGGGUAUGUUCUAG